GGAAACCAUGGAGGUUGCGGAGCCCAGCAGCCCCACUGAGGAGGAAGAGGAGGAGGAGGAGGAAGAAGAGCCGGUGGCUGAGCCUCGACCCCGUACUCGCUCUAACCCUGAAGGAGCUGAGGACCGGGCACUAGGGGCCCAGGCCAGUGUGGGCAGCCGAAGUGAGGGUGAGGGCGAGGCAGCCAGUGCUGAUGAUGGAGCCCCCAACCCACCAAGUGCUGGCCCCAAGCCCUGGCAGGUCCCUCCACCAGCCCCUGAGGUCCAGGUGCGGACCCCACGAGUCAACUGUCCAGAGAAGGUGAUCAUCUGCCUUGACCUGUCAGAGGAAAUGUCUUUGCCAAAGCUGGAGUCAUUCAAUGGCUCUAAAACUAAUGCCCUCAACGUCUCCCAGAAGAUGAUCGAGAUGUUUGUUCGGACCAAACACAAGAUCUGCAAGAGCCACGAGUUUGCCUUGGUGGUUGUGAAUGAUGAUACGGCCUGGCUGUCAGGACUGACCUCCGAUCCCCGUGAACUAUGUAGCUGCCUCUACGACUUGGAGACAGCAUCCUGCUCCACGUUCAAUCUGGAAGGCCUCUUCAGCCUCAUCCAGCAGAAGACAGAAUUGCCAGUCACAGAGAAUGUGCAAACCAUCCCGCCCCCGUAUGUGGUGCGCACCAUCCUGGUCUACAGCCGUCCACCUUGCCAGCCCCAGUUCUCCCUGACAGAGCCCAUGAAGAAAAUGUUCCAGUGCCCAUAUUUCUUCUUUGAUGUUGUUUACAUCCAUAAUGGCGCCGAGGAGAAGGAGGAAGAGAUGAGCUGGAAGGACAUGUUUGCCUUCAUGGGCAGCCUGGACACGAAAGGCACAAGCUACAAGUAUGAGGUGGCACUGUCUGGACCAGCCCUUGAGCUACACAACUGCAUGGCCAAGCUGCUGGCUCACCCACUACAGCGGCCCUGCCAGAGCCAUGCCUCCUACAGCCUGCUGGAGGAGGAGGAUGAGACUGCUGAAGUGGAGGCCACUGUCUGA